GAAAGCGGAAGUGGUUGGUCCGCCAUAAUCAUUCGUGUGGGUCUGUGCUUGUGUGGUUUAGGUUUCUUGCCGGUGCCAAUAAUUAUUUUUAAUUAGUAGUAAGUUAUGCGUAUGAAUCCAGACAUGGACGAUGACGAGAAGGGAAAACUGUUCGUCGGUGGUCUGUCAUGGGAGACAUCACAGGAGAACCUGCAGCGCUACUUCUCCCGGUACGGGGAGGUGAUCGACUGCGUCGUAAUGAAGAACAGCGAGUCUGGCCGCUCCAGGGGAUUCGGAUUCGUGACCUUCGCCGAGCCGUCGCUCGUCAACGUGGUCCUCCAGAAUGGACCCCACCAGCUUGAUGGCAGGACUAUUGACCCGAAGCCGUGCAACCCUCGCACGCUUCAGAAGCCGAAGCGCGGCGGCGGCUACCCCAAGGUCUUCCUUGGCGGUCUGCCGUCUAACAUCACGGAGACCGAUCUUAGGGUCUUCUUCGGCCGCUACGGCAAGGUCAUGGAGGUCGUCAUCAUGUACGAUCAGGAGAAGAAGAAGUCCAGGGGUUUCGGCUUCUUGUCGUUCGAAGAUGAGAUGUCUGUUGAGAGAGUGACACAGGAGCAUUUCAUCAACCUCAACGGAAAGCAGGUGGAGAUCAAGCGUGCGGAGCCCCGUGACGGCUCCGGCAAGCUCGGCUCCGGAUCCGGCGGCAUGGGCGGCGGCGGCAUGAGCGCGCCCGGCGACGCGCCACAGGCGGGCCAAUGGGGCCCCCCGGCCGCGGCCCCCAUCAACAUGAUCCAGGGCCACAACGGCCAAAUGGGUGGCCCCCCGAUCAACAUGCCGAUGGCUGGCCCUAACAUCAUGCAAGGCUACCAAGGCUGGGGCACGUCUCCAGGGCAGACGUCGUAUGCGGGCUACGGCGCAGCGGGCGCGGGCGCGGGCCCCGGCAACUACCAAGGUUGGGGCGCGCCCCCGGCGCCCCAGGCCCCGCCUCACGCGCCCGCCUGGCCCGCCACCAACAACUACACGCAGCACACGCAGCCGCCGGCCCAGGGAUACGGCAGCUACGCUAACUACAGCUCGGCGCCAGCGGGCGCGUCCGCCGGCGGCAGUUGGACCAAUUGGAACAUGCCUCAAAACUCCAACUCCACGGGAUCAGGUUCGUACGUGCCGCUGUCCGAAGGCGGCGAGAUGUAUGGCCGCGGCGGAGCGGGCGGCGGCGCUGCGCAGCCUCCGCUGUCCGCCGCGCUGUCCUCCGCAGCGCUGUCCAAGUCGUCGUCCGCCGACUACUCCACGUACCAGCAGUACCCGCCCGCUUACCAGCAGGACCAGGGCUCCUCGUACGGCGGGUCGCGCUACGCCGGCGAGUACCACGCGCCCUCGUCGCAGCCGCCAGGGGAUGAUUAUGAGUACACAGGCGGAUCUGGAGAUGGAUAUCAACGGUCAUCAAAGCGGAGCUACCAUGGUGCGACAUCUGGCGGCGCUGCCUCGGCAUCAUCGUACCAUCCCUAUCGACGUUAACGAGUGACCGCACCCCCCGCUCCCCUCAAGCAACCACCAACCAGAGGUUAGGUAUCGUGACGUUACACUUCCAAAAACCUUCCUACAUACAUAAAUAGCUGUAAUAAAACUAAACAUUAGGAACCAUCACAAGCCUUAGCCUGUACUUUAGAUUUAACCUUUUGAUACCUUCCUCUGUUAUUUCUUGAAUACUUGGAAGCGGACGGCCUCCUCGCCAGGAGAUUUCAUUUCCUUUCGCUGACGUCCUGGUGGAACCGUCGCGCGUAUCUCGAGCUGUAGGUAUACUGUAAAAUAUUAUAUUAUCUUUUUUCUAUGCAAUCACUGAGUUUGUAAAUGGUUUUUAAUGGAACUGAUUCAUAAGAAACGUCCCGUUCAUGUCUAAAAGGCAACUUGGUUGAUUCGAUUUUAAUAAUUAUAUUUACUUUACAUUUGGCAUGAAAGUGAAUGUUAUACUCGUCCAAAUAUUAAUUGCAUAUCAAAUGAACUUAUUUAAUUGUUUUAAACUAGCUCAGUCAGUACGACGAGAUGGCUGAGCGUUUUUGUUUUGGUCCAAACUAAGUGGGGCGUUUUCUUAUGUGUCUAUUUCCCUUUAAUUUACUUAGGUUAGUAGAGUAGUUUUUCUUUUGGACAUAUUUGUGUAGUGUGGAUUUUGAUUCCGGACCAGUAUGCGUUUAGAAGCUAAAAAUUGCCAGUUGUAAUCGUUUCGUUUGUACUGGAAUGUUCUGAUGCCUCCUUUAUUGUAAAUAAUUACCAAAACACAUAUGAGCCAAGCACUAAUCUUUAGAUGCCCAUGUUUUAUAUUAAUUUAUACUUUAUUAUAGGUAACUAUUUCAUUCCAAAAGAGCCGUACUAUUAAUGUAGGUACAUUUUCUUAAUGAUAUUGAAAAUAGUAAGGAUUAGUUUGCAAUAAGCACCAUUUUUAUCGAUUUCUAAGAAUAUUUAUAAUAUGUCCUAUGUCCGGGCAUCUAGAGAGACGUAACAUUGAAACUUUCGUCAUAUUCAUUAUAGGGAAACAACUAAAUUGACUUGUAUUUAUAAUAUGAAUUAAUAUUUUUAUAAGAACAUUUCAAGGACAAAUUUUUCAAGUUUGAACAAUUUACAAACCUUAUCUACCUAGCAAUGUUUCUAUGUAAGUUAAUAAUAUUGUACUGAACUUUCGAAUCAUGUGAAAGUAAUUUUUAAGAUUAUUAGAUAUGGUAAAUUUCAAUUUACUGAUGUGUUGAUUGCCUCGUGGACGCAUUGGCGCGGGUAUAUUUAAUUAAUAUGUGAAUUUUAAAACAACGGUUUCGUUCAAAUAGUUUCAAGUCUUCAGAGAAAUUGCAAUGUUAGCAAUGCCCAAUCUUUGACACUUGUAUUUUUGUUUACUUUAAUAAAAGUACCAAUAAUUUUAAGUUUUAUUUAAAUUCACUGAUAAGACUGGCUAGUGAUCCUUCCCCGAAUAAGCUCAGGCUAGGUCAGAGGUGUCUCUGGUAGGUUCAAAAUAAUAAUUAGAAACAUUCCUUUAUUUUUAUAAUAAACAUUUUAUUUUUGAAUCAUUUUGAAUUACAUUUUGUAGCACAAUUAGAUAGGCCUUGUAAUAUUUAAAUAAUGUACGAUUAAAAUUUAAUGACAUCGGGUAAGCACAAUCGAAAAUAGAUCAGCGUAAUGUAAUAAAUAUGUAAUUAAAAUUAAUGUUUAUAUUUAUAACGAUGUAUAAUGUAAAAUAGAUUUUAAAUGUACAUUAUAAUGUUCUAAUAAUAAAUCGAUUAGUUUAAAACAGAUGGACAGGUAUUACAUUAGGUCAGACAUUUAUAAUUUACUAGAUAUAUUACUAUCUAUCUUUAAUAUUAGGCUCUAAAAUUAAGAGGUAUUUAGCACACAGGAAAUAAUUUUAUUAGUCAUAAUAUUUCGUUAUCUGGACCGUAGAAAUAAUGUGAGCCACACACAUUGUCUAAGUUUGGCUUAGACUUUAAUUUUAAUAAUAAUUAAUCAUGUCCUUACAAUAGAAAUUAGUUUUACGGAAAAUUCUUAUGCAGAAUCAUCUAAAUAAAUUGUGUAAAGUUAA